AUGCUCCGUCUCAUCAUCCCGUGGGCCGCUUGUGAUCGCAAUAUUCGUGACAUGCUUGCUCUUCCAAAUUUUCAAUGUCUUCGCAUGUAUUCCACGCGGGUGACGGACGCUGGAUGGAUUGAGGCUUGCCAGCGGUUAAAUCCAACGAUUCGACGCCAAGUAUCCUUGCAGGAACUGAAUGCCUCAGGCUUCCACUCCUCUUUGACGACCUCAGACAAGAACACAAUUGUGACCAUACGACUGUACUUGAGAACAGCCCAUAUGAUGGAGCGCAUCGAGCCGAAUUUCCGCCUUUGA